CCCACCAGCGGCACCACCAUCACUUGGCAGGCAAACGAGCCGUCUCUACCCGACAUUAUCUCCAGUCAGACUCCGCUGGAAAGGAGGCUGAAAUGACGGAUGCGGCCAUGGAAGAGACACCCGGGGACAGUUUAUUUACAACCGAAGAGCCUUUGCAAGUUUAGGGGGAAGCCUCUGCGUUCUUUCCCCCCUCUUUACUUUCACCGUCCCCCUCCUCCUCCACUGGCAGAAAUUUAUAAAGAACAAAAAAUCCGACGAGGGAGGGAGGAGGAGGGGGGUUGAUUAUACGCCGAGGCUGAAAUCGAGAGGCGAACCCAGGGAAAGAGGAGUAAUUUCUACACGGGACUUUCCCCCUCUUAAUCCCCCUAAAGGAGGGGGAAAAGUCGCAAUAUUGGAAACGGAAAGGAACGAGCUUCUGACGGCGCGGAAUCGUCUGCAAUUGUGGAUACUUUAUAUAUUUUUAUUUCGAAAAAAAUAUGGCCGAGAACGUUCUGGACUCUGGCCCGCCUUCAGCCAAGAGGCCUAAACUCUCCUCUCCGGCACUUUCCGCCUCUGCCAGCGAUGGAAACGAUUUUGGCUCAUUGUUUGACCUGGAGCAUGACCUCCCAGAUGAGCUCAUCAGCAGUAAUGAACCAGGCCUUGUCAACGGGGGCGAUCUCAACCAGUUGCACACCACUCUGGGGGGAGGCCCAGGAGGUCUCGGUCCUGGAGGAGGCAGCGGAGGCCCGGGAGGAGGGAUGGGUUUUGGGCUCGGUCCAGGAGGAGGUGCCGGAGGCAUCAGCGGAGGCCAGGAUGCGGUGGCCAAGCAUAAACAGCUGUCGGAGUUGUUGCGCUCGGGGGGACCUACGUCGACCCCACCGGGACAUCAAGGGGCCAUAGGGAGUCCAGGAGGCCCAACUGCAAUUGGACAGCACAUGGCAAACAUGAAGGCAUGCCCGGGCCAGGUACCACAGCAGAUAAUGGGGCAAGGACAACACCUCUCCCCCCAGCAGCAGGCCAACAUGAUGCAGCAAAAUGCUGUCGCCGGAAUGAUGGGUGGCAUGAACAGGGCUAUGAUGGCGGCACAGCAGAAAGGAAAUAACGGACCGUCGCAACCAGGCAUGAUGGGAAACCAGGUGAUGAACGGUUCUCCCAGGUUGGGCUUCGGGAAUCAAGGGAUGGGUAGCAACAGCAACCUGCUGGCGGAUACGUUACAGCAACCGGGUGGUGGAGGCCAGGCAGGCAUCCGGGGCCAGCAACCUGGCAUGCUGAACAAGAUGGCGAUGAUGGGCAACCAAGGGGUUCCCUUUGGAGGUACAUAUGCAGGGCAGGGAAAUCAAGGCCUUGGUGGUGCUGGCAUAGGCCCUCAACAUCAGAACAAAGGUCCCAUGACCAACAGCCUGGCUCAGUUCACUGUGGACAAGAAAAAUCAGCCCGUGCAAGGAAUGGCCACUAUGGGCGCGCAGCAGUCCCAGUCGGGGCCCUCGGGUGCACCUUUAGGUGGGGCACCUGGCAUGGUUGCUGGCGCUCCGGGAGGACUAGUGGGUCCUGGCACCCAGGUCUCGGCGGCCUCCGCCGCAGCCGGAGCACCACCUACCGCUGAUCCCGAAAAACGUAAACUGAUCCAGCAGCAGCUCGUUCUCCUUCUCCACGCCCACAAAUGUCAACGGCGCGAGCAGGCCAACGGCGAAGUCCGACAGUGCAACUUGCCUCAUUGCCGCACCAUGAAGAACGUCCUCAAUCAUAUGACUCAUUGCCAGGCAGGCAAGAAUUGUCAGGUCGCUCACUGUGCAUCAUCAAGGCAAAUCAUCUCUCACUGGAAAAACUGCACUCGACAUGACUGCCCAGUCUGCCUGCCACUGAAGAAUGCUGGGGACAAGAGGAACCCGCAGUGUGAGUCUCUUCUGGGUGCAGCUGCCGCAGGUCUGGGAAGUUCUCUUGGAUCAGUUCCGGGUAGCCAACCAAGUGCUCCAAACAUUAAUCCGCCGAGCCAGAUUGAUCCCAGUUCGAUAGAAAGAGCCUAUGCAGCCCUGGGUCUGACCUACCAGGGUAAUCAGAUCCAGGGUCAGCCUUCUCAGCCCAACAUGCCGAACCAGGCCCUACAAGGUCAGGCUGGUAUGAGGCCUUACCCAAUGGGAGCAAAUCCUAUGGGAGUUAAUGGAGGAGUGGGUGCGCCUUCUCAGAAUCAACAAGCCAACUUGUUGCAGGACACUAUGAUGCACCUCAAUGUGAAUAGCCAGGGUCUGAUGAAUGAUGCCAGUGGGGUCGGCUCAAUGCCCACAGCUGGCCCUCCCUCUGCCACAGGAAUGAGAAAAAGCUGGCAUGAGGACAUCACGCAAGACCUGCGAAACCACUUGGUACACAAGCUUGUUCAGGCCAUCUUUCCAACUCCAGAUCCUGCAGCUUUAAAAGACCGUCGGAUGGAGAACUUGGUGGCCUAUGCCAGAAAAGUUGAAGGAGAUAUGUACGAAUCUGCAAACAAUAGAGCUGAGUACUAUCACUUGCUAGCAGAAAAAAUCUAUAAAAUCCAAAAAGAGCUGGAGGAAAAGAGGAGAACCCGUCUCCAGAAGCAGGGGCUGGGUGUUGGCCCUGCCAAUAUGGGCCAGUCUCCUGCUGGAUUGCCUCCAAAUGGUCCCCUCCCUGACCCAUCUAUGGUACGACCCACUGGACCCAAUCAGAUGGUCAACAGGAUGCAAAGCCCAGGCAUGAAUCAAUUCAAUCAAAUGGGGAUGCAAUCUAUGGGCCAGAGGUCUACUCCUCCUCUUCCCUUGGGAACAUCUGGCAAUCAGAUGGGAAUGGUUGGACCUAGGAUGGGUCAGCCCAAUGUCAAUCAGCUACAGAACCAGUUCAUGUCCCAGGGACAGUUUCCUGGCUCUGCACCUGGGGUAGGAACAACCCCUCCUGGGAUGGCCCAGCCUGGACCCCAGGGCGGAAUGGCACAGACACAGAUGGGCACGCCGCCUCCUCUUCCAGUUGCUAGUCCUUUGGCACAACCAGGAUCUGCGAGCGGUUCAGGCGGAAUCUCCUCAGUGGGGCCUAUGGGACCUCAGAGUGUUGGAGGCCCUAACUCAACUGUCGGAGUACCUGCCUCCGCGAUGACCCCGAAUGCAAACCAGCAACCUAACUCCAUCCCGCAUUUAGGAGCCAUGCGCGGCAGCUCUCCCUCGCCGGCUCACAGUCGUUCGCCUACACCUCACCAGACACCCCCCAGACUCGCCGGCUCCCAGACCCCUCAACCGCACACCCCUAACGCAUCGCAGUUGGCACCACCCCAAGCCGCUCAGCUGGGCCAGGGUCCUGGUUCCAACAAGCCGCUCCAGCAGCCUCACGUUGGGGCUGGCUCGACGACGCCAUCACACCCUGGAUUGGGCUCCAGCUCAACACCACAUGGUGCUCAGCUGCCACGCACUCCGUUGUCUCAAAAGGGGUCCUUCCAAGCAGACAGUCAGGCUUUGACUCCAGCCUCUGUCAACAGCCUGGAUACUUCUUCCCAGCAGAUACAGUCGGACACCACGGCCGCCACUGCAGACUUUAAGUCGGAAGUGAAGGAAGACGCUGAGGAGAGCGACACCGGCGACGGCUCCAAAGGAGGGAAGCUUGGCAGUGUCAAAACGGACGGAAAUCCUGUGAAAAUUGAGAUUAAAAAGGAGGAUUGUUCUGGUGAAGUGGGCAAGGUAGUCCCGAUGGAUACGUCCACCACGCCGUCAACAUCCACUGUAAAAACUGAGGACAAGAAACCAGAAGUGAAAAAUGAGGUGAAAGAAGAACAAAUAACCGACGCAGCUGCAUCGCAAGCGCCAGCAAAAAAGAAGAUUUUCAAGCCAGAAGAGCUUCGCCAGGCCUUAAUGCCAACACUGGAGUCCCUCUACAGGCAAGAACCAGAGUCGUUGCCAUUCAGGAUGCCUGUUGAUCCACAGCUGCUGUGCAUACCUGACUACUUUGACAUUGUGAAGAAUCCCAUGGAUUUAUCCACUAUAAAGCGGAAACUAGACACAGGUCAGUAUCAGGAUCCCUGGCAGUAUGUGGAUGACAUCUGGUUGAUGUUCAACAACGCCUGGCUGUACAACCGCAAAACAUCUCGAGUCUACAAGUGCUGCUCCAAACUUGCGGAGGUCUUCGAACAGGAGAUCGACCCUGUCAUGCAGAGACUUGGCUACUGUUGUGGAAGAAAGCUGGAGUUUUCCCCUCAGACACUGUGCUGCUAUGGAAAGCAGCUGUGCACUAUUCCCAGAGACGCUGCUUACUUCAGCUACCAGAACAGGUACCACUUCUGUGAGAAGUGUUUCAACGAGAUCCAGGGAGAGACCGUGUCCCUGAGCGAUGACCCCACUCAGCCACAGACAUCCAUUAAGAAAGAGCAGUUUGAGAAGAAAAAGAAUGACACACUGGACCCUGAAUUGCUUGUUGAAUGUUUGGACUGUGGACGCAAGAUGCACCAGAUUUGUGUCUUGCACAAUGACACAAUCUGGCCGUUGGGUUUUAUAUGUGACGGCUGUCUUAAGAAGUCUAAUAAGACAAGGAGGGAGAACAAAUAUUCUGCUAAAAGGUUACCUCAGACAAAGUUGGGCUGUUUCCUGGAGACGAGGGUGAAUGACUUCCUGAAACGUCAAAACCACCCAGAGGCUGGAGAGGUCUUCAUCCGCAUGGUGCACGUCUCUGACAAAGUCGUGGAAGUUAAACCUGGCAUGAAGUCGAGAUUUGUGGAUAGUGGCGAGAUGUCAGAGUCUUUCCCAUACAGGACAAAAGCCCUUUUUGCAUUUGAAGACAUUGACGGCGCGGAUGUUUGCUUCUUCGGAAUGCACGUUCAAGAGUACGGCUCAGAUUGCCCUCAGCCUAAUCAGAGGCGAGUAUACAUCUCUUACCUGGACAGUGUGCAUUUUUUCCGGCCACGAAGUCUUCGAACAGCUGUUUACCAUGAAAUUCUAAUUGGUUACCUGGAGUACGCCAAGAAGUUGGGCUACACUACUGGGCAUAUCUGGGCCUGUCCGCCCAGUGAAGGGGACGACUACAUCUUCCAUUGUCACCCUGCUGAUCAGAAGAUUCCGAAGCCAAAACGACUGCAGGAGUGGUACAAGAAGAUGUUGGACAAAGCUGUGGCUGAGCGAAUAGUGCACGACUACAAGGACAUCUUCAAGCAGGCGACAGAAGAUCGGUUGACCAGCGCCAAUGAGUUGCCUUAUUUUGAAGGUGACUUUUGGCCCAAUGUGUUGGAAGAGAGCAUCAAGGAGUUGGAGCAGGAGGAGGAGGAGAGAAAGAGGGAGGAGAACAGCACUUCCAAUGAGAGUAUAGAUGACAGUAAAGGUGACAGUAAGAAUGCCAAGAAGAAGAACAACAAGAAGACUAGUAAGAACAAGAGCAGCCUGAGCCGAGCCAAUAAGAAGAAGCCGGGGAUGCCCAACGUUUCCAAUGACCUUUCACAGAAACUGUAUGCCACUAUGGAAAAACACAAAGAGGUGUUUUUUGUGAUCCGGCUGAUUGCGGGACCGAUGGCCAAUGCGCUUCCCCCCAUUGUUGACCCCGAUCCCCUGAUGGCCUGCGACCUCAUGGACGGUCGCGACGCUUUCCUGACGUUGGCCCGGGAUAAACACCUUGAGUUCAGCUCGUUGAGGAGGUCUAUGUGGAGCUCCAUGUGCAUGUUGGUGGAGUUGCAUAACCAAAGUCAAGAUCGCUUUGUCUACACGUGCAAUCUUUGCAAACACCACGUGGAGACUCGUUUCCACUGUACCGUGUGUGAGGACUAUGACCUUUGCAUCACGUGCUACAACACUAAGGGCCACGAGCACAAGAUGGAGAAGUUAGGGCUCGGUUUGGAUGAUGAGAGCAGCAACCAGACCGGCGCCGCCACUCAGAGCCCGGGAGACUCGCGUCGCCUCAGCAUCCAGCGCUGCAUCCAGUCACUGGUUCAUGCCUGCCAGUGCAGAAACGCUAACUGCUCUCUGCCGUCCUGCCAGAAGAUGAAGCGCGUCGUCCAGCACACCAAAGGCUGCAAGAGAAAAACCAACGGCGGCUGCCCAAUCUGCAAGCAGCUCAUCGCACUGUGUUGCUACCACGCCAAGCACUGUCAGGAGAACAAGUGCCCGGUGCCAUUCUGCCUGAACAUCAAGCACAAGCUCUGUCAGCAGCAGCUGCAGCACAGGCUCCAGCAGGCCCAGAUGCUAAGAAGGAGAAUGGCCACUACGCAGAGAGUUGGGAAACCGGCUCCGGGAGGUGCCGUGGGGGGCAAUGGCCUGCCGUCACCGGGAGCCAACAACAACGGAGCGACCGGUCCCGGUACGCCCACGUCUGUCGGGACGCAGCCUCCUACGCCGCAGACCCCCACCCAGGGAAACAUGCUGGCGCUUCCUCAGCAGCAGGGAGUCGGAGUGGGUGCGAUGGGCGCCACGCCUACACAGCAACAGCAGGUUCAGCAGCAAGGCGGCGCCAUACCUCCCCAGCAUCAUCUGCACCAUCAGUUCCAGUCAAUGGGCGGAGGCGGGGUGAUGAACUCCCCCCAGCAGCAGAUGGUGCCUCAGCUCCAACAGCAGCAGCAGCAGCAGCCCCCCAGUGUCCAGCAAAUGCAGCAGCACGCAGGCGCGCUACCGCCAUACAACCCGAGACCGCCGGGAGCCUCUCCUCUACAUCAGUCACUGGGCAAACCUGGACUCGGCCCAGCGACGCCACCUCAACAGCAACAACAACCUAACCAGGUUCAAGGGUCCAUGCCUGUUCAAGGUCAACAGCAAGGGCCCCCUUUGGCAGCUGUAGAAACGGCGCUAAAAAUCCAACGGCUGGCGGAAACCCAGAGGCAGAUGGCUCAGGCCCAGGCUCAGAUUCGAGGUUUAGGGCAAGGAGGGAUGAUGCCUCAACAUCCUCACCACCAGAACAACCCAGCGCAGAUGGGCAUGCCACACAUGGGACCUCAGGGAAUACCCCCCCAGGCUCAAGGAAUGGUGGGCCGGACUAUGUUAGACCCUCAGCAGCAGGGAAUGCUCGCCGGCAUGCAGCAAGGUGGCCCCCAGUCUCAGUUGCCCCCUCAAGUUCAGCAGCACCUCCAGUCGGGAGGCGGCGGACAACUACAACAGCCCAACCAGCAGUGGGGCCCCGGCGGACCGGGAAUGAACCCACAACAGCGGUCCGCAAUGAUGGGUCACAUGACUGCGCAGCAGCAGACGGCGGUGGCCCAGCAGCAGCAACUCAACCAGCAACAAGCUCAGCAAGGAAACCGCGGGCUGAUGCAGGUGAUGUCUGCAGGGGCGGGGGGAGUUCCCCAAAUGGCUGGCGCGGGAGGUCCUGGAAACUUGCCACAGGGGGCGCUCCAGGAUCUCCUAAGAACCCUGCGCUCCCCAAGCUCACCCCUCCAACAGCAGCAGGUCCUCAACAUCCUUCGCUCCAACCCGACGCUCAUGGCGGCUUUCAUCAGGCAGAGAGCGGCCAAGUACCAGGGCGGACAAAGUGGUCCCGGAGUACAAGGGGGUCCUCCGCAAGGUCCUGGAGGCGUGAGGUUUCAAGGGCCUGCCGGCGGACUACCUGGCAUCGGGGGAGGAGGAGGGCCCGGGCCUAACCCGUUGACCGGCAUGGACGGCCAGCAGAUAAAUGUCAACCAAGCGGGGCAACCGGGAAUGAGCUUGCCUCAGGGGGCGGCUGGGGGAACCGUGACCACCAUGGCUCAGCUUCAACAGCUCCAGCAGCAACAACGGCCAAUGUUGCCUGGAAACCUCCAGCAACAGCAAAUGGCGGUCCUGCAACAGCAACAGGGAGCAAUGCAAGCAGGCCAACAAAACAGCUUGUCUAACAUGACGCCACAUUUCAGAGAACUGUUGUUGAGAAGACAACAACAACAUCAACAGCAGCAGCAGCAAAUGGCAAACCACGGGCAGUUCCAGCAAGGACAACAGGGCUUCAUGCAGCCCGGCCAAGGUCAGCCGGGAAUGCCCCCUUCCUCCCAACCCCAGCCUGGAGGAGGUGUGAGGGGUCCGGGACAGCAACAGCAAGGUGGUCCUCAGGGUGGUCCUGGGCAAGGCUACCCGGGUAACCCUUCCCAAGCAGCUGCCGCGCUCCAACAAAGGUUGCAUCAAAUGCAAAUGCACCAACAACAGCCGCAAAAUUCUAUGGGAGGUCCCCAAGGCCAAGACGGGGGACCGGGUGGUGGCACGCCAGGGGCCGCAACGCUCCAACCGGGGCAGCAACAGCAAGGCGGACCUCCGCUGCCCCCGACCAACCAAGCGAUGAUCCACCAGAACAUACAUCAGAGGCUGCUCCAGCAGCAGCACUUGAGCGGGGGUUCUCCAGCACAGCACAGCAGUCCCAUGAGUCCGCAGCAGCAGAUGGCCCAGUCCCCACACCCCCACCUCCAAGGCCAAGGCGGCCUGGGCCCGGCAGCUUCUCUGGGCAACCAGGUGAGGUCGCCGCAACCGUCGCCGCGGCCGCAAUCGCAGCCGCCCCGAUCCAGCCCGUCCCCCCGCACGCAGUCGUCGUCCCAGCCGCAGCCCUCGCCCCACCGCAUCUCCCCGCAGACACAAACCGGUUCGCCCCACCAGGCCCACAUUGGCCAACACCACCCUAACAUGGCGCCUCCGCAGCAACCGGCCGGUCCCGUAGAUCCCGGACAAUUUAGCUCGGACCAGAACGCCAUCAUUUCUCAGCUAAGCGGCAUGGCGGCCAUGCACGCGGGUCAAGGCGCGCCGUCAGACUUGUUAGCCCCGAAUAACAACAACAAUAAUACCAACCAGGAGCUUAGCCACAACAGUUUGGACCUGGUGUAGCACGCGCGUCUCCGCGGCAAGCUGCCAGUGGAGGAAAAGGCAGUCUGAAACUGAGGAUUUUUCAUUUUUUUAUUUAAAUAUUUUUGCGAUGUAGAAAAACGAACUCAAGCUUCCUAUGGGAGAUCUGCAGCCGAAAAUCCUAGAAGACAAAUGAAUAAAUUAAAAACAAUGGUAAGUUAUUGCUGUUAAUAUAUAUAUCUAUUUUUGCCAACUGUGUACAAAAUGGUGGAAGGGCAACGUUUCAGGUUGAAGAUCUUUUCUUCUGUAGUCUAUGAAACAAUAUUUUUGGGGACUGAGAAUUUUUUGCCUUUUUAAAGACUAUUUUUACUAUUUUAAAUGUGGCGGAAAAUUGAGUUGACACGCUGUAUUUUUUUUUUUCCUUUUCUAAAAAAAGAAAAAAUGGUUUGUUUUCCUCCUCAAAUACCCAGUCAUGAUUGUAUCUUUUUUUUGCAGCUUUGUUUCUGAAUUUUGACCUUGUUUUUCCGUGUCAUAGGAUCGUAAGACAAGCCUCAAAACAUUUUGCAUUUCUGUGGAGCCCCUAAAAGGACAUCAAUAGACGUAAAAUAAAUUCAAACCAUCUGGUGCACACCAGAUAGUAUGUGGUGUGCACGAGAAGCUAACUGGUGCGCACCAGUAACAAUCUAGUGGACACCAGAUAGUAUGUUGUGCGCAAUAGAGACUAUCUGGUGUGCACCAUAUGGUAUGUGGUGCGCACUUUAAAUUCUGGUGCGCGCCAGAUGGUAUGUAGUGCACACUAGAAACUGUUGCGCAGAGGAUGGUACGUGGUCCGCACUAGAAAUUGGUGGGCACCAGUUAGUAUUUGGUGCGUGCCAGAUGGUAUGUAGUGCGCACUAGAAACUGGUGCACAUCUGAUAGUAUGUGGUGUGCACUAGAAACUAACUGGUGUGCACCAGUAACAAUCAGGUGGACACCAGAUAGUAUGUAGUGUGCAAUACAAACUGUCUGGUGUGCACCACAUGGUGUGUGUUGUGCACUAGAAACCAAAUGGUGUGCACCAGUAACAUUCUAGUGGAUACCAGUUAAUAUGGGGUGUGCAAUACAAACUGUUUGGUGUACACCAUAUCAUAUUUGGUGCGCGGCAGAUGGUAUGUAGUGUGCACUAGAAACCGGUGCGCACUAGAAACUUAACUGGUGCGCACCAGUAACAAUCUAGUGGACACCAGAUAGUAUUUUGUGUGCAAUAGAAACUGUCUGCUGUGCACCAUAUGCUAUGUGGUGCGCACUAGAAACUAAAUGGUGUGCACCAGUAACAUUCUAGUAGACACCAAAUAGUAAGGGGUGUGCAAUAGAAACUGUCUGGUGUGCACCAAUGGUAUUUGGUGCACGGCAGAUAGUAUGUGGUUUGCGCCAGAUAGUAUGGUGCGCAGCAGAUGCUAUGUAGUUCACACUAGAAACUGGUGCGCACCAGAAAGUAUAUGGUGCGCACUACAAACUAACUGGUGCGCACCAGUAACAUUCUUGUGGACACCAGAUAGUAUGUGGUGCACAGUAGAAACUGUUUAGUAUCCACCAUAUGGUAUGUGGUGCGCACUAGAAAUUCUGGUGCGCAUGAUAUAGUAUGUGAUGCGCACUAGAAAUUCUGGUGCGCAUGAUAUAGUAUGUGAUGCGCACUAGAAACUUAACUGGUGCGCACCAGUGACAAUGUAGUGGACACGGGUAGUAAGUGGUGCACAUAUCUGUCUGGUGUGCACCAUAUGGUAUGUGGUGCGCACUAGAAAUUCUGGUGCGCAUGAUAUAGUAUGUGAUGCCCACUAGAAACUUAACUGGUGCGCACCAGUGACAAUCUAGCGGACACGGAUAGUAUGUGGUGCGCAAUAUCUGUAUGGUGUGCACCAUAUGGUACGUGGUGCGCACUAGAAAUUCUGGUGCGUGCCAUAUAGUAUGUGGUGUGCGCCAGAUGGUAUGCGGUACGCACCAGUAACAAUCUAAUGGACACCAGAUAGUAUGUUGUGCGCAGUAGAAACUCUGGAGCAUGCCAGAUAGUUUGUGGUGCACGCCAGAAACUAACUGUUGCAGAUGGUAUGUGGUGCGGACUAGAAACUGGUGUGCGGCAGAUGGUAUGUGGUGCGUACUAGAAACUGGUGCGCACCAGAUUGUUUCUAGUGCACACUAAGUAAUGCAGUUUUCUGAAGUCUUUAUAGUUGAGUCCAAGAUUGAAGUACAGCUCAGCUAAAUCUUGUAGUGUCAUUUUUAGCAGGCCGAAACGGCUGGUGUCCGAUGCGCAAAUGCAGUUUUUGGCCUAUAAAAAGGAACUUUCUGGUGCGCACCAGAUGGUUUAAAUUUAUUUUAUUUCUGUCGAUGUCCCUUUAGGUGCUCUGUACAUUUCAGCUGUUUUUCAUGAUUUUUACAUUCUCCCCCUUCUCAUGUAAAAGAACACAGACGGGGAGGCGGUUUUAGGACGAUUUAAAUCCGAAGCUCCUCCCCCACCUUCCAAAGAGCUGGCGAGCAAGGCGGAUUGAGCUGUCAAGUUGCAGCUGUGAUUCAUUUGAAAUUGUGUACAUAUAUUUUCCACUCUCACUUGAGUUGUGAGAUAAGAACGGCCCCACCUUGUUAUUAUUUUGGGCUGAUGUUUGCAAAAUGGCUCCUCACCAACUUGCUCUCAGCCAUAAAGUUGAGUUCACUGUCAGUACUGUAAAAAAAAAAAGUUAAUUUAGAUAAUACUGUAUUUUAUAAUGAAAAUGAAAGAUGUUAAAAAAAUUACUAUGUAUAUAGUUUAAAACAUUCAAACUUUCCCCUCUUUAGAUUGGAUAUUUGCUGUGUGUAUUUAAAAAAAAAACUCGGAACACACAAGUACUCCGCGAGUGUUGUACAGUAUUCAGAUUUUUCUUUAUUUCAAAAAGGUUGGCUACAAGUUUCCGAUGUAUCGUUUAUUAGUCGCACACGUGAACAAUCCCACCAGUCGGAUGCGAAACGCUCAUUCGACCCGAAAUAUUUCAGAAGUGGUUAAUUAGCUUUUUACGAAGACGCGACAGUCACAUGAUCACUAUUUUUCAUUCAAAGGUUGCUGGGUAAUGGGGAGGGAACCAGGUGGCAAUAUAUCUUGAGACUUAUUUUAUAAGAAAAAGAGGGGAAAAAAACGGAGGAAAAAGUUGUCUUUUAUAUAUAGAUAUAUUAUUUAAUUUUAUUUUUUUGGAAAUAAAACUUGAAGCUACCAGAAUUAUUAGAUAAACUUGUUUGGUUUUGUAUUAAAUAUACGGUGAUGCAAAACAACACUGCAGACAGUCAUUCAUUUUUUUUGCCCUGGGAGUAUAUUAUACUUUUUUUUUUUUUUUUUUUUUGGAAGAAAUGCUUCAUGUACAUGAAAUAUAGAUGUAAACAUAGUCACUGUACAAAACCCAUGGCAACUGAACAACAACAAAAAAUGUUUUUGUUUAUUGUUAUUUCCGCUCCCAAAAAAACUAAGCGACUGGAAGGAAGACUUAUUUAAAUAUUUGUUAAGUAUUCAAAUCUUUGACCACUUUUUUUGUUUUUUCUCUUGUUAAAAAGUUUUGGUGCUUGCUGAGAGAAAGCAAAAAUAACUGUUGCUCCAUUUUCAGUUGUUUUUUUAAGUUAUUUUGGUGGUCUGACUGUUUUUUUGCCAAUAAAUUAAUUGUACAAUAAAAUAUGUUUGUACUGUUUGGUAAUUCUUUUGUCAAACUUGUGCAUGAUUUCAUGGCGGUUGAUUGUGGUAUCGGGCGAUGGAGUUGUUCCGAUACUAGAGUUGCCAACGGUCCCCUUGAAAACUGAAUCGUCUGGUAGUCAGAAACAAAAGUACGCAUCCCUUAUUGAGCUUUCUAGGGAUGCGCUUUGUCUGUAAUUAUCUGGGGUGGGUAGUAACACGUUAUAUUGACUCUGUUACAUUUACUUCCAUAACGUUUUGAGAAAAAUAUAAAGACUAAUUUUACUAAGCAAUACUUUUUACUUAAGUAGAUUUGUGAAGAAACGCUCUUACUCGUCGUUUGUAAAGCCGCACGUGCUGAAAAUGUCAACAUUUUCUCACAUUUAGCGCCACAGUGUUUAACAUGUGGUGUGAAAAUUUGUCACUUUUUUUUGUGUGCACAUUUACAAUUUUUAGCAACCUGAAUAUUUAAAAUCAUAAGUAUCAAACUUAAAUGUUUAAAUCCAGAACUAAAUAUUUAAUUUAAAUCUUAAAUACAAAUCUAAAUCUUACAUACAGCUUAAAUCUAAAUCCUUAAUCUAAAUGUUAAAUCUACAUCUUAAAUCUAAACCUUAAAUAUACAGUGGGGAGAACAAGUAUUUGAUACACUGCCGAUUUUGCUCGUUUUCCCACUUGCAAAACAUGUAGAGGUCUGUAAUUUGUAUCUUAAGUU